UGCAAGGCGGAAGGCGGCAGAUGGACGUGCAUGGCGUGCUCCUUGGCCCUAUUCACAUUCGGAAGUUGAUAUAGUCAUCCCCUGGCGAGAAUAUCAAGCACGCAAUCUCGCAGCUUGGCGCAUUCUCAUGUCUAUCUCUGUCCUCUCUUUGAGUGCAGAAACACUUCUACGAUCUCUCUCAUUGCACGCCUGCGGCGCUCCAAUCGUUGGAACAGCCUCACUCGAUCGAAAAUGGGUAAACUCAAGGUUUUGGCUGGGCCGACGGUCAGUGAGGCUACUGCUGCAUCUACAGACACCGACCGCGCUAGCGAUCUACAAGUGAUUCACGAUGGUGAACUCACCUACACCGUGGUCAAAGCCAACAAUGGAUCGGGCGUGACGUACCAGGAGGCCGUCGGUGCGCCGGUAGAGUCGAAUUCACCGCUGGGCUAUCAUGUUGGCUGGGUGACUGUUAUUUUUCUGAAUGUCAAUCAUAUGAUCGGCACAGGCAUCUUCUCCACUCCGGGUACUAUCUUGGCGGCUACAGGUUCAAUUGGUCUGGCUCUUCUCUACUGGACGAUAGGCAUUCUCCUUGCUGUCACCGGCUUCUCCGUCUAUCUCGAGCUGGCGAGCUACUUCCCCAACCGAUCAGGGGGUGAAGUUGUGUAUCUGGAGCAGGCUUAUCCAAGACCGAGGCAUUUCUUCCCUAUUGCUUUCGCGUUCUACUCCGUGGUUCUCUCCUUCAGUAGCAGUAAUGCAAUCGUACUUUCUAAUUAUCUAUUUGCCUUGGCCCACAAGACACCGACAGAUUGGGAGUCGAAGGGCGUGGCCGUAGCAGCUUACACCGCUGCCGUCAUAUGCGUCAUAGCACACAACAAGUACUCACUCUGGGCAACAAAUAUUAUCGGUAUUGUCAAGGUCAUCACGCUCAUCUUCAUCAGCAUCACUGGCUUCGUCGUUCUAGGAGGACAUGUUGCUCGAAUCCCGGACCCUGGUCUCAACUUCCGCAACUCAUUCGAAGGCACCACAAACAACGGAAACGACUUAUCGGUGGCUUUAGUCAACGUGCUUUUCGCAUACAACGGUUAUGCCAACGCCUUUGGGUUGGCUAACGAGAUUAAGAACCCAAUUCCCACACUGAAGCGGAACGGUGCGAUUUCCAUCACUAUAGUCGCGCUACUGUAUAUCCUCUGUAAUAUUGCGUAUUUUGCGGCGGUCCCUAAAGAAACAUUCGCCCAGUCAAAAGCCAUCGCAGCAUCGGUGUUUUUCGGCGCUGUGUUCGGCCAGGGUCGCGCUCAGGACGCCUUGAAUGCCCUAGUUCUGAUCAGCGCAUUUGGUAACCUGCUGGCGGUGCUCAUCGGACAAUCUCGCCUGAUUCGGGAGAUUGGAAGGCAAGGUGUGCUUCCGUUCACUGAGUUCUGGGUGUCCACGAAGCCGUUCGGGACACCUAUAGGGCCCUAUCUCCUUAAAUAUGUAGUUACAGUUAUCUUCAUCAUUGCCCCUCCGGCGGGUGAUGCAUUCCAGUUCAUCGUCAGUCUGAAGACAUACCCAGAUGGGGUCUUCUUCACUGCCAUGGCAAUUGGGGUCUACCUAAUUCGAUAUAGACAGAAACGUCUAAAUCGUGAGAAGCCAGCUUUCAAGGCUUGGGAUGCUUGUGUGAUUUUCUUUCUCCUGGUGCAGAUAUACACUCUUGCCACGCCUUGGAUCCCCCCCAAGGGUGGACCGUACGCGGGCGCCGUUAGCUUCUGGUACGCUACAUACGCUGCUGUAGGCAUUGGCAUCAUCGUCGGCUGCGGUAUAUAUUAUAUCUGCUGGAUGCAACUUAUACCGAAAUGGAAAGGUUAUCGAUUGCGUCCCGAGAUCUUGAACGUUGACGACCAAGGCGCCAACACCCACCGGCUGGUCAAAGUCCCUGUAGAUGAGCUGGAGAAAUGGGACAGUGAACAUGACGAGGCAGGCCGCUUGCGACGGACGCAUAGAGUUGAGCAACCAGUCGCGGAGACCAGCUCCGUCGAGAAAGAAUUGUGAAAAGUAGUAGGACUCGAUGGCGAAACACGCCAUGGCAUCUCUCCCCUUGAUGCCAAAAAAUACAUAAUUUCUACCCAAAGGUGAUAUGAUCACGUAAAGAAUUUGUUUUUCUUAUUGUGGUGUCUCCAGAACAGUAUACUAUUGCUACCGAGGUACAUUGCCACCGCACUGCGCUGAAGCAGCGUUCACAUGUCAGAAAAAUCAAGGCGGGGGAAUUUGUUGGUCCACCCAAUUUUCCAUAGGU